AUGUCGCACCUUGCGCGCGACGAGGCUGACCCGGCGUCCAUCCCGCUGGCGUCGCUGCGUGCGCCGCCGGCGCUGGGCAUGCAGCGCAGCGAGUCGGGCGCCUCCUCCGUCGCCGGCGCCCCGCCGCCCGCACACUUCUCGCACCCGCACGGCUUCGACAGUGCCGCGUACUACGAGGGCUACGACGCCGGCAACGAGCCUGCGCCGCGCGAGCACGAGCACCACGCCCACGCCCGGGCCGGCGGCGCGGCGGCGCCCCAGACGUACGCCAGCACCAGCGCGGCGAGUGGAAGCCGCUCGGGCAGCGGCAAGAGCAAGGAGGGCCAGGCGUGGGGACAGUUUGAUGCCACGCUGCGCGAGCGCAAGACGGCGGCUUUUGAGGCAUGGGCGGCGUGA